CUGCCCACCCCCCCCAUAUAACUUAGAUAAGAUGUUUGUACAAUUCUAUUUAGAUUUGAUUACAAUCAGCACAACGAGAAUUCUCUGGGAAUAAAUCAGCGUUUAUAAAUACUACAAAUGUCGUGAGAAAAUAAUUAGUUGUUCCGCAAACGUGUUUUGCAAAAUGGGUUACAAAUUUCUGAUAAAUCUACUCCUCCUAUGGCCCAUGGUGGAUGGUGUGCGGAUUUUGGCUAUAUUUCCUAUACCAAGUCCUUCGCAUUAUAUUUUGGUGCAGCCUUAUUUGAAAAUGUUGGCAGCACGAGGACAUCAGGUCACUUCGAUAAGUGGCUUUCCGCAAAAGGAAAAUGUGACAAAUUUUCGCGAUGUGGCGGUGAUGGAGGUGCAUGACGAUUAUGAAGUAAUGCUUGCCGAAUUCCAGCAGAACCUUGGCAAAUGGGAAGAAAUGUCAUUUAUAUCGAAUUAUAUGACUCGCCUGGUCGAAAGGGUCAUGAAAAACGAACAAGUCCAGAAUUUACUGAAAUAUGAACAUUUCGAUUUGGUUAUUUUGGAGUCGGUCUAUACCGAUGCCCUCUACAGCUUUGCCAGACAUUUUAAUGUCCCCCUGAUUGGCCUAUCUUCCUUCGGGACAGAUCCUGUAAUCGAUGAGCUUAUUGGAAAUAUGUCACCCUUUUCCUAUACCCCUUUGGUGACAAUUGGCUAUACGGAUCGCAUGACCUACCUGCAGAGGAUACAUAACGUAAUUUAUCAACUACUUGAUUUGAUCCACAUACGAUGGAUCCACAUUCCACGGCACCGGGAGUUACUGGCCAAAUAUAUGCCUCACAUCAAAGAAGAUAUCUGGGAGUUGAGAACAAAUUUCUCUGUGAUUCUACUCAACCAACAUUUCUCGCUGAGCUUUCCCCGGCCAUAUGUACCCAACAUGGUGGAGGUGGGUGGCCUGCAGCUGUAUCACAAACCCCAAUCAUUGCCACGGGAUAUAGAGAAAUUCAUUAACUCCUCCACAGCAGAUGUAAUCUACUUCUCCAUGGGUUCAAAUGUGAAAUCUAAAGAUUUCCCACCCGAACGUCUGCAAAUGAUCAUAAAUAUUUUCAAAAAGCUGCCCUACAAAAUUUUGUGGAAAUUUGAAACCGAUCAAUUGCCGGGUAAACCCGAUAAUGUCUUCAUUAAACCCUGGUUUCCACAACCCGACAUUUUGGCCCAUCCUCGGGUCAAACUCUUUAUAUCACAUGGUGGCCUUUUGAGCACCUCCGAGGCUGUAUAUCAUGGCAAACCCAUUUUGGGCAUACCAGUAUUUUACGAUCAAAUGAAGAACAUCAAUCGAGCCAAGGAAGCGGGAUUUGCUUUGUCUCUAGAUUUUUACAGCUUAUCCGGAGAACAAUUUGAGGCGAGCAUUUGGGAAAUGAUGAGCAAUGCCAAAUAUUUCCAAAAAGCCCAAGAAACAUCUCGCAUAUAUCAUGAUCAACCGAUGAAGCCUCUGGACUUGGCAAUAUUUUGGACGGAAUAUGUUCUAAGACACAACGGGGCGAGGCAUUUACAAAACCAGGCCCAGAAAAUGAAUUUUCUACAGAAACACAGCAUCGACACGGUGGGAGUUUUAAUAGUUGUGGCGGUUGGUUUUGUGGUGGGACUGGUUAUAUUAGCCUCUAAGUUAUUGAAAAUAGUUUUAAGUCAACAAGUUAUUAAAGAAAAAAUAAAUUGAAAAUUAGUUAAUUA